AUGGAGCAACCACCACCUCCCCCUCAAUAUUCAAAUCCCGGGCAGGGACAACCCCCACCCCCACCACCGGGUGGAUCUACGAUGGUGUACACACAUCAGCCAACAUUUUUUAAUCCCAUUAUGUUCCGGGAAUUUCCCGUUGCUACGACGUGUACAUAUUGUCGAGCAUCCAUUACUACGUCUACUAGAUACGAAACCGGAACCUUCACAUGGGUGGCCUGCGGAGUCAUCGCUUUUAUUGGAUGUUGGUUGGGAUGUUGUCUAAUCCCCUUCUGCAUUGAUGGCUGCAAAGACGUCGUCCAUAGUUGUCCAAAUUGCCAUCAAACCCUUGGAAAAUACAGCAAGAUGUAGGAAACUGAAAGUUCAGUUUUUAAAAAUACUGAAAUGAGUACGAGAUCACAAUUAAAAAAU